AUGCCCAUCCCAAUUAUCAUCAAGGGAUUCCAGGAGGGCGUUGAGGCCAUCCCAUUCGCAUGGCCGGUGCUUCGUGUCGCACCAUGGCUUCUCAUCGUCGCCGCACUGAAGUACUACUUCGGCGGAGCCCGGAACACCUCCGAGCGGCUGAUGCAUUCCAAAGUGGUGAUGGUGACGGGCGGCACAUCGGGCAUUGGAUCGCAAGUAGUCCAAGAACUCGCCGCUCGCGGCGCCCAAGUCAUCCUUCUCAGCAAACAACCACCCUCCGACCUCUUCCUCGUCGAGUACAUUGACGACCUCCGCCGCACCACAAAAAACAACCUCAUCUACGCCGAACAAGUAGACCUAACAUCCCUGCAUUCAGUGCGCACCUUCGCCACCAAAUGGAUCGACAAUGCCCCUCCCCGCCGCCUCGACGCCGUCAUCAUGUGUGGCGGCAUCGCUCUCCCAUCCAACGCACGCACCACGACACCCGACGGCAUCGACGAGGAAUGGCAGGUCAACUACCUCGCCAACUUCCACCUGCUAAGCAUUUUGAGUCCCGCACUCCGUGUACAACCCGCACACCGCGACGUGCGAGUCAUUUUCACGACGUGUUCCAGCUACAUCGGAGCCAAAUUCGACCUUGAUACGGUAAAGAGAGGGCUCGCUACGUCGAAGAAGAAGAAGAAUGCCGCACAGACGAAGAAUAUCUACGCCAUGAGCAAAUUCGCUCUCAUGGUCUUUGCCCAGUCCUUCCAGCGCCAUCUGACCGCUUAUCAACGGCCGGACGGACUACCAAACUGCGCGCGCGUCAUCGUCGUCGACCCCGGUACCUCCCGAACACCUGGGACCCGGCGCUGGCUGACAGGCGGAUCGCUGUGGGGAUUACUCCUGUACCUUCUCACGUGGCCGAUCUGGUGGCUGGUUCUGAAAUCGCCUCAGCAGGGUGCGCAGAGUAUCUUGUACGCGGCGAUGGAGGGGAACUACGGGCGGGGUCAGGGUGGGUGGAUGAUCAAGGAGUGCCGUGAGGUGGACUAUGCGCGGCAGGAUGUGCGGGAUGAGGACGUUGGGAAGAGGCUUUGGGAGUUUAGUGAGAAGCAGGUUGAGGAGGCGGAGAAGGAGGGGGCUGUGAAGAGGGCGUUGGAGAAGAAGGAGAAGGAGACCGAAAAAGAGAAGAAGGAGAGGAAGGAGACUUCUUCUGAGAAGACGCAGAGUGCUGGGUCGAGGAGAAAUCGGAAGAAUAAGGCAUAG